GGCUCGGGGGAGAUCGAGUUCGGCGAGUUCAAGAAGAUGCUCCGCACGUUCAACCUGCGGACGCUCAAUGCCGCGAAGAGCCGCCGCCUGUUCCACUACUUUGACAACGACGGCGACGGCACCGUUAGCUUCACGGACUUCGCCGUCACGCUGUACCCGGACAUGGCGAUCGACGAGCCCGGCGAGGAGGACCAGAAGGAGUCCUCCUCGGAGGACAGCGACGACGGGGUGCCGGUGGUGGCCCGCGUCCACGGCAGCCGCUCACGCCCAGGCAGCGCGAGGAGCUCCAGGGGGAUCUCUCAGGUCUCCGGAAUUCCCCGGCACAGUGGCGGCUCUGCUACAGGUGGCAGUCGGCGUGCCAAGAGGUUCUCGCUGGACAAGGGCCCUGUCCUGGGGAUCGUGUCGUCGACGCCUCGGAACAGUAAGGGCCACGGCUCGCGCGGCGGGUCGCUGCGGGACGGCGCCGAGCCCGCGAAGGACGGCGGCGGGCAGUCGGCCGCCUGGCGCGGCGGCGUGUGGCCCUGGCACGGCAGCAAGGAGAGGCAGCCCGGCCACGAGAGGCAGCACAGCAACGAGAGUGCUUCUGCGCCGCCAGGGCCCGCGUGGACCGUGGAGCCCCCGCCGCCGCCCGACGGCGACCUGCUCCACGGCGUCGGCGGCUCCGGGCUCUACGCCCCGCCGUCGUCGGCAAACUCCCUCUGCAGCUCCCCGCUUCACACGCUCAUCGGGGACACGGAGGCCGGCGCGGCCCGCUCCGGCGGCGGCGCCGGCGGUGCCGCGCUGCCCGCGCACAGCUGGAGCCUGGGGAGCGCGCAGGCGCCGACGCUGGGCGGCCGCGAUCGCGUCGAGGAGGUGCUCGUGAGGCGCCUGGACGCGCUGGAGAUGCGCAUGGAGCGCCGCCUGGACCGGCUUGCGGGCUACGUGCUGCGCCAGGCGGCUGCCAUGGGGAACCCGGCGGCGGGCCUGGCCUUCCUGCAGGGCCGCCAGACGACCUUGCGCGUGAGCCCCAGCGCCGACGCGGCGCAGCGGCCGCCGGACGCCAGCGAGCCGAGGCGCAUGAGCGCUCAGCUGGGCGUCGCAGGCGCAGGCCCGAGGCGCUACUCGAGGGCCUCCUCGGCGCACGCCUCCAGGCGGGGCUCGAUCAGCUCCCACCUGUCCGCGUCCCAGGCGCGCCUCCUCGGCGGUGCCAGGCCCUCCCGGCCGGUGGCGCCUCGGCCGAGGAUGGGGGCGCGGCAGGCGCCCGGCCCGCCGCCGGAGCGGAGGGCCUCGGACGCGGAGCAGGCCGCGGCCGCGGGGUGAGCCGCGCCGCCGGGCGCGC